CUUUAUUUUGAAAUCCACGUCGUUCCCGGAAGUGCAAGAAAAGUGGAAGCCGUUGAGGCCCGGCUGGAGGGUCUGAACCAAAACUGCUGUUAAGGAGGGAAAGCAGACUGUUUCCGGGUCGGGGGAGCCCGUAAAGCUGCCUCCGUGUAAACGCCUCCGCUGUUGAGACCCAGAAAUCUUGGACGGAAGGCGGUUCCGAAGCUGAGCUCAACAUGCUAGCUAGUAGUACGAGGCUAACCGGAUGAGCUGAACGAGGCGGUAUAUGUGUCCGCGAGGCGGAUCCGCUGGUCAGCGCGAGCCGGACACCUGUGAAGGAUGCUCCACGGGCCGUACAGCACCGUGGACCGGGACCGGCCCCUGAUCCGGCUGCCUUUCACCAGCUUUAUUGUGGCCACAGUUCUGCUGCCCCUGACGGCCCUCCUCGCCUGCCUCUUCAUCUCGGUGCUGUACCACUAUGAGGACUCCACCUACACACACUGCCAGGUCUCCAACUACCUCCCGUCCAUCAGCUCCGCUAUCAGCCGCGUGCCGGAGCGCUACAUCUGGCGCUGCUGCAUCGGGCUGCACUCGGCGCCGCGGUACCUUUUCUCUGUGGUUUACUUCAACUUCUACCGGCGCCGCUUCGAGAGGAAGCUGCCGGAGCUCCUGCUGAGCGGGCUGGCGCUCCUCUGCAACAUCGCUGAGAACUCCGGGCUGCUGCUGCUCACCUACGUGUCGUCCACCGAGACUUACAGUUAUCACAAAAACGGCUUCAUCGUCUUCGUGGGCAGCUCGCUGCUGCACAUGCUCGUCACCUGCCGACUCUGGUUUGUCCUCAAGCGCCAGUACCUGAACCCCGAGGAGGUGACAUCAUACGUCUGGAAGCUGCGGCUCUUCCUGUUCAACAUCAGCUGCUGUGGAGCAGCGGCGUACUGCUUCAGGCGCCACAAUAAGUUCUGCGAGGAUGGAGUCUACACCGUGUUCGCCUUCUUCGAGUACAUGGUGGUCUUCUCCAACAUGGCCUUCCACAUGACCGCCUUCUGGGACUUUGGCAGCAAAGAUGUCAUGGUGGCCACACUACCGGAGGACAAACGCUACUGAGCAUGUGCGGGCAGAGGAGACUCCUCCUCCUCCUGCUGUUGCUCCGCCUUCAGUUGCUCUUGGAAUCUAGACAGACAGCCGAAAACAUCGGAGCAAAGCGGCUUCUCUGUGACGAGUCGGUGUUUCUGCACCGCAGCCACAGAUGGAUGAUGGGAAAUCCCAUUUGAAAGGUUUUCUCAGAGAAAUGAUCCGUUUGAAACUCUUUAAUCUUAAAUGAAACAUUUCCAUGGGGGCUGCAGCUGCAUCAGCGUUUCUGUUCAGCCCCCUCAGAAAAACAGUUUUAGUAUCAAUUAUAAUUUAUUUUAUGUCAAAUCAUGAAUUUGAUGAACUAUUAAACGUUUAGGAGAUGUAAAUGUGUCUUUAGUCUCACCUACGGUGCUGUUGGUUCAAAUCGUGCUCAUGGUUUCCACAGACUCUGUCUUCUCAGAUGUUCGCUUUAGGUUUUACAUUUGCUGCCUCUCACCCGUCUAAGCAACUUUUUGUGCGUAAAGAUCUUUUGAAAGAAGACCUCUGGACCUGAAAGGUCAUUAGUGAUGUAAUUUCCUGUUCUGAGACAGAAUGCUCUGUUCCAGGUCUGCAUGCUGGUGCUGUGGUUAAAGUCCCGUCACUUGGUUCCCAGCCAGGUGUGUGAAAUUGACCUUCCUCAUUUCAUCCAAUCGAGUGUCUGUGCCUGGCAUUCACAGAGCUUUGGAGGAAGACACCGGACUUUGUAUCGGUUCAGUUUCCAACCUUCCACCAUUCUGGCCCGUUUCUCUCCGAUCAGAACCCAGAAGCAGCAGCCAGAACAACAACGUUUAUGUUGGGUUGCUAUUGUGAUUUAGGCGGCUUUGAGAGGAACUCUGACUUAAAAGGAGAUGAAACUCUUUCCUCCAUGGUGACCCCAGCUCUCCUAGAGGAGGUGGGGGUCUCGUUCUGAGUCACAGGGAUCCUGCAGACUACAUCAACAGGAUCUGAGGGGAAAAACAGCAGCAUCUUCCUGCCGAGUUCUCCAAGCUUUCACCGUGUGGUCCAGCAGCGCCACCUCCAGGCCCUCGGCUGCUGCGUGUUUUGGAGAAGCGGGAAAAGGAAGAAGCCUCCUACCUUUGAGGAGGCGCAGGGAAGGAAAGGUCCUCUUCCUAAAAACAUCGAACAUGCUAUUUGAUUGGAGCAGUUGCAGGUUUAAUGCAGGGCUUCACGUUCAUUUUGUUAAGAAUUAGUGGUUUGCUGAGAGAGGAGGAAGAGUCAUCGAGUGUAUCUGAAAAUGAUUGGAGGAGCAGGAGAGGUCCUCCUGAGGUGCAGCAGCUCGUGUUGGAGAUGGAAACUGGUUUGAUUACCAUCAGCUCCUUUGUGAAUGAGUCCUUUCUCUUGUGACAGAGCCCUUUCAUGGCUUUGGGGGGGUUAUUUGUUUGCAGGUUAUUUGUUAACCUCACUUCCCUCGAACAUCAUUUACCUGAACAAACAAGCCACAGCUUUUACAGAACAGGAAGAGCUCGUCUCACAAUAAAAGUGCUUUAAUAAUAA